UUAAAGCGUACACUCCAUUACCUAGUUAUUCACAUGGUGCCAUAUUAAUUGGCAAAAAACUUUAUAUAUUAGGCGGUGAUGCUAAUAAUACUAGUAUUCAAUUUGCACCCACAAAAGAUGAUUUCUUUUAUCUAGAUGUCUCUGCUGAAUUUAAUACGACAAAUAUUCAAUGGACAGAUCUGUCCAACGUUGUUGGUAUUCCUAAACAAAGCAGAGCAGCAGUAUCUGCUAGCGGUCCAAACAAGGACAUCAUUUUUUUAAUUGGUGGAGUAUUUGAGAAUUCUAGUUAUGGCAUUCCUUUAGUUUACACGUUUGAUACCAUUACCGUCGGAACCAUUUCUGAUGCACGUGCACAUCAUUCAUCGGUGCUUGGAUUAAAUAACGAUCAUAUUAUCAUUUAUGGAGGAUUGUAUAGUUAUGCAUCACCAGCAGUAGUUCACGAUCUUUUUGUGUUAGAUAUACGCAAUAAACCAUAUCAAUGGUUUACGCCAAAUGUUUCUGGUUUCAUCUUUUUACAACAAUAUAUAAAUACUGAUAUGUAUAUUCUUGAUAUUGGCGACGAUUCUGAAUACAAAUGGGUUACAUCAUUCAAUCCUAACUCACCAUCUACUUCAAGUCAUAUUCCAAAACUCAUUCAAAAUGGAGAUAGUAUUAGUACUGGUACAAUGAUUGGGGCUAUAAUCGGAACAUUCAUAGGUAGUAUCUUGCUUGCAAUUUUUGCAUUGAUGGUUUAUCGACGGUAUAGAAGAAAACAUCCACGUGCGAUCCCAACUCAUGGGAGUUAA